AUGACGAUCGGGUUCGAGUCGAUGCCGGGGAGCUCCGGGUACCUGGAUUUGUUCCCGGAGAGGAGAAUGUCUUAUUUCAGUAACCCGUACGUGUUGGGAUUGACUGUGAUUGCCGGAAUCGGCGGUCUGCUCUUCGGCUACGAUACUGGUGUUAUUUCAGGGGCUCUUCUAUAUAUUAAAGAUGAUUUCGAGGUGGUCAAUCAAAGCAGCUUCCUUCAGGAAACAAUAGUUAGCAUGGCGCUGGUUGGUGCUAUGAUAGGAGCUGCAUCAGGGGGUUGGAUCAAUGAUGCAUACGGCCGCAAGAAGGCUACUCUUCUUGCUGAUGUAGUAUUUGCUAGUGGAUCGCUUGUUAUGGCGGCUGCACCCAAUCCGUAUGUCCUGAUUUUGGGCCGGCUUUUAGUCGGCCUAGGUGUUGGUGUAGCAUCUGUGACUGCUCCUGUGUACAUUGCAGAAGCAGCUCCAUCGGAAGUGAGGGGAGGGUUGGUGAGCACUAAUGUGCUAAUGAUAACUGGUGGACAGUUUCUGUCGUAUGUUGUGAACCUGGCUUUUACAGAGGUUCCAGGAACUUGGAGGUGGAUGCUUGGGGUCGCUGCUGUGCCAGCUAUCAUCCAGUUUUGCCUCAUGCUCUUUAUGCCCGAGUCUCCUAGAUGGCUUUUCAUGCAGAAUGAAGACACCAAAGCCAUUGCUAUACUCGCCAGGAUAUAUGACAUUGAUCGAUUGGAGGACGAGAUUGAACACCUCUCUGCUUCUUCCUUGGAAGACCGAAAAGAAGAAAAUGCAGUCACUUACUUCGACGUCUUCAAAACUAAAGAAAUCAGGCUCGCAUUCCUCGCUGGCGCUGGACUUCAGGCCUUUCAACAGUUCACUGGGAUAAACACCGUAAUGUACUACAGCCCAACAAUCGUCCAAAUGGCUGGCUUCUCAUCCAACCAGCUCGCCCUCCUCCUCUCUUUAGUCGUGGCAGCCAUGAACGCUGCAGGAACCAUCCUCGGUAUCUACCUCAUCGACCACUUCGGCCGCAAGAAGCUGGCACUCUCGAGCCUCUCGGGAGUCAUUGUAUCCCUCAUCAUCCUCUCCGGUGCAUUCUACGGCCAAUCCGCCUCCCCAUCCAACUCCCUCUUCGGAUGGCUCGCCGUGAUCGGCCUAGCCCUCUACAUUGCCUUCUUCUCCCCCGGGAUGGGACCCGUCCCAUGGACUGUCAACUCGGAGAUCUACCCUUCUCAGUACAGAGGCCUCUGCGGCGGAAUGUCGGCCACCAUCAACUGGAUAUCCAACCUGAUAGUUGCUCAGAGCUUUCUCUCCAUUGCCGAGGUCGCCGGCGCCGCCACGACGUUCUUGAUCCUGGCAGGGAUAGCGGUGGCAGCGGUGGUGUUUGUGGCGGCGUAUGUGCCGGAGACUAAAGGGUUGACGUUCGCCGAGGUGGAGCGGAUAUGGAAGGAAAGAGCUUGGGGGAGUGGGUACAACUCCGAGAGCCUUCUCGAACGUGGAGACGAAGAUGAAUCGUCGCCGCCGUCGUGA